AUGAAUUGGGGUAAUGAUUCAGAUGGACCUGCUCCUAACAUUUCAGUUUCUGUUAAUAAGAAAUGGGUUGACGAGGACCUUGAGCUCGAUCAAGUCAAGGAAGCAUGGGAUCAAGAAUCUUCAGAUGAAGAAGAAGGAAAAGUAAAAACAGAAGAUAUUUCUAAAAAGAAAAAAGUAUCUAUUGCAAAAAAAAUUGCGGAACGAGAACAAAAGAAAAAAACCGAGAGACUAUUUGAUGUUGAGGAUGACGAAUUAGAUUUAGAGGAGAAAAAAAGAAGAGAGGCUCAAGCUAUUCUUGACGCAGAUCUUGAAAAUGCCGAAGGAUUAUUCCAAGGAUUGACUAUUAAAGAUACUGGACGAAAAUCUAAAGAAUUGACAACUCCCUCCAAUAAAGAAGGGACCAUUAAAGUUGUUGAAGCCUCUCCUUUAGACAGAAUAAAUCCCCAGACUAGCGAAGAAUUUGAUGAAUUUGCGUCACUACUAAGUGAGCGGAUUAAAAAAUAUGAAAAAAAUAAAUUCUACCCGAAUUUCGUUUCCGGAUUAGUACGUGAAUUAUGUUUGAAUCUUAGAGAUGUUGAAAUUCGCAAAAUUACUGGCACAUUGACAAAUUUAGCAAAUGAAAAAUCAAAGGAUACCCAAAAAACAAAGAAGAAAGCCAUGUAG